GGCUUUCGUAGUUCUCCAAGUUUCCGCCCCAUACAGAAUAACUGUUUUGACAUUUGCAUUAAAAGUUCUGACUUUGGUGUUGGUGACAAUUUCUCUAAGUUUCAGAUGUUCUUCAGUUGCAAAUAUGCUGCUCUUGCCUUACCGAUCCGCGCCUUCACAUGUGAAUCACAUCCACCAUGUUCAUCAAUGAUGCUGCCCAGAUAUGUAAAAGUUUUAACAUCUUUCAAGUCUUCCCCGUCAAUUGUGAUUGGAUUAGUGCAUGUUGUGUUGUAUCAAAGAACCUUGCUUUUGCCUUUGUAUAUAUUGAGACCUACAGCUGUUGAGGCUGCUGCUACACUGGUCGUCUUCUCCUGUAUUUGUUGUUGCUUUUGGGAUAGAAGGGCUAGAUCAUCUGCGAAGUCUAGAUCGUCCAACUGCAUCCUAGAUGUCCAUUGUAUCCAGUGUUUCCCUCCAGAUGUUGACGUCUUCAUGAUCCAGUCGAUCACCAGGAGAAAGAUAAGGGAUGAUAGUAUACCAACACAACUGACACCGGUCUUCAUUUCAAUUGAGUUCGUUGGCUGUCCUCCAUGCGCCAUUUCGCAGUUUAAUCCAUGAUGAGAACUCCGU